GAUAAGAAUGAUAAGACUCGGCAGUGAUAAUAAUAACCUAUAAUUAUUAUCAAAAAAAACAAAAGUUUUUGUAUAUUUCUAUGAAUUAUACUAUUUUCGUUUAAAUUACAAUGACUAUCAUCAAAGUUAUUGAUGAAGAAGAAAUCAUCAGAAAACUAUCGACAUACAUUCAAAAGAUUUCAAACGACGCGAUCUUGAAUAGAAAUAAAUUCGUAGUUGGACUUUCUGGCGGCUCUGUCGUCAAAUAUUUAUGUGAAGGCUUACCACAAGUUGAAACGGACUGGUCUAAAUGGACUCUAGCCUUCUGUGAUGAAAGAGUAGUACCUGAAGACAGCAGCGAUUCUACAUUCGGAAUAUACAAGAAAGAUUUAAUCCCUAAGACUGAAUUAAAGGAGAGCCAGUUUAUAACAAUCAAACAAGGAGCUACAGCUCAAGAAACAGCAAAGGAUUACAUUGAAAAGUUAAGAAAAGUCUUUGGUGGAGAUGAUUUCAAAUUUGACUUGCUACUACUUGGUAUGGGGCCAGAUGGACACACAUGUUCCCUGUUCCCAGGUCACAAAUUGCUUGAAGAAACAGAAGAUAAGGUAGCGGCUAUAACAGAUUCCCCAAAACCUCCACCGGAGAGAAUCACAUUAACUUAUCCAGUUAUAAAUGGAGCAAGGAAUUGUAUUUUUGCUAUUUCUGGGGCAGGGAAGUCAGAAAUGGCUAAACGUAUUCUAAAAGACAAAGAAGAUUUACCAGCUGGUCGAGUGAAGCCGACAGACGGCUCUUUAUAUUGGAUCCUGGACGAAGAAGCAGCUGUACAUUUGUAAAAUAUGACUAGGUGAUGACUGCAAGGAACAAACUUGUGCUAUUCUGUUGGUAUCACAUCAUGUAAAAACAGGGCAGAUCAUGCAAAUUCAUUUAAAAAAAUCAACUUCUUAAGGCUUUAAAUAUUAUCUGGAAAAAAAA